AUUUUCUUGCUAAUUUUUAUCGACCAUUCUUUAUUGUCUUUUGAUUCGUAUCUUCGACGAUUGCGGUUUAGUGUAGUGAGAGAUCGAAAUUGAAUUAAAAAUCGUGCGGAAAAACAAGUAAAUCCCAUAAAUGUGUUAAUUAAACAUUAACGAUAAAGUUUUCUAUUUGUUUGCUAUACAGGCCAACAAAACAUAAAGACUUUACACAAGUUUCAUAAACCAAUGUAAAACCAGAGAGGCAUAAACAAAAUCGUAGAACUAACAAGACACCAAAGCCCGCACCUUUAUCAGCACCCCAUACAACUUCUUUAGAAGCCAAGUUGUCUAUCUUUUUUUAUAAAAAACAAAAACUAGCAAAGGAACAGAAAACUUAAUAAAUCAACAGACGCCAGACAUACCCUCCCGUCAAGCAAAUUAUUAACAACUUUUUUUUCUCGAGAACUAAACUUUACUUAAAUGUCACAACAUUCGAAGAAGGACAAGGAUACGAGACAAAGAAAAAAUGUAGACAAUUCCCAUAAACAAAAGACCGGCAAUAACAAUAGUACGUCCUCCUCUUCUUCUGCAACGUCCAACUCCAACUCUGCAAAAAAAGAAACACCAACCAAAAAACAUCAACCACAGCAGCAUCAGCAACAACAACACCCCAAAAAAGUUAACAACGGCAAUUUACCUUUAAGCAUGAAACAAACCAAGAACAACAACAACAAACAACUAAAGGAAAAACUCAAGGCCGAACGUGAAGCUUUAGUAUUAUGGAGACAUCCAAUACAAACAUUGUCAUAUUGUAGUUUAGAAAUAGUUGAACUUGUUAAGACUUUAGGAAGAAAAUUAAUUCAAAGAAAAAUUUGGAUUGGUGUAUUUGUAGUGUUAGCUAGUUUUAUAGCUAUAUUAUAUCACAUACCCGGACCUCAUCAAGUUCUAUUUGAAUUCUUAAAACAGAAUACCUGGUUUGUGGUCUAUUGGACCGGUUUGGGUAUACUGUCAUCGGUGGGCUUGGGCACGGGACUGCAUACGUUUCUGCUGUACUUGGGUCCACACAUAGCCAGUGUGACGCUGGCUGCAUAUGAAUGUAAUUCAUUGAAUUUCCCAAAACCACCAUAUCCCGAUGACAUUAUUUGCCCUGAGGAACCCUAUGACAAACAGGUGCCAAAUUUAUGGACCAUCAUGUCCAAGGUACGUUUGGAGGCUUUCCUAUGGGGUGCUGGCACUGCUCUAGGAGAACUGCCACCAUAUUUUAUGGCCAAGGCUGCCCGUUUGUCGGGCUACGAUCCAGACGAUGCUGAGGAAUUGGCUGAAUUUGAGGCACUUAAGGCAAAACGAAAUCAAAAAGAUUUAAGUCUCAUGGAUCGGGGAAAACUGUUUAUGGAACGUGUUGUGGAGCGCAUUGGUUUCCUGGGUAUUUUGGCAUGUGCUAGUAUACCCAAUCCCUUGUUCGAUUUGGCUGGUAUUACCUGUGGUCACUUUUUGGUACCAUUCUGGACAUUCUUUGGUGCUACGCUAAUUGGCAAGGCCAUUGUUAAAAUGCACAUACAAAAGGUCUUUGUCAUCAUUGCCUUUAAUGAGGUACUCAUUGAGCGGGCUGUGGAUACCUUGUCGGUGAUACCUGUAGUGGGCAAGAAGUUACAAGAACCCUUUAAGGCAUUUUUGAAUAAUCAAAAAAUGCGUCUGCAUCGUCAACGUAAUUCUGCCCCGGCGGAGGCCGGCAAUUUGCUGUCGAAAAUCUUUGAAACUUUUGUCAUUGGCAUGGUGUGCUAUUUUGUGGUGUCCAUCAUUAAUUCGCUGGCUCAGAGCUAUCACAAACGUCUCAACAAACAUAGAACCAACAGUAACAGCACCACACCCAGCUCCCACAAUGCACCCUCGCCGACGACUGUUGUCAGCAAGAAAACCAAAAAGGCUGCACUAAGAGAAUAAUUUCUUUAAUUUCUUUUUUUGUAUUUGUUAUAGAAAUAUUUCUAAGGGAGCUUGUUUUCUUAGUUGUGUUGAAUGGCUUUCUUUACGACUCCCCGCUUUUUUCCCCUUUCUUCUCAGUGGGUUCUCAAUGGGAACCAUAAAAAUGUGUGUAAUUUUCUUCAAAAAACAAACAUUUCCUUUAGCAAAAUUUAUUCCUAUUUUUUUUGUAAUUAGUUUUUCUUAAAAAAUGUAUGCAAAGACGAUUAUGAUGAUGAUGAAGAUCCAGAAGUCUGUCACUUGGUUUUUGGGUGAAUGUGUAGUAGAUUUAUUACCAGAAAUAAUUUAUAAAUGAAGGCUAGUCUUAAAUAAUAAAUAAAUAAAUUAAUUGAUUGAAAGGCAACAAGUAAUGAAUAAAAUUAUACAAAAAGAACAUAAGAAAAUUAAUUAAAAUUAAUAAAACAAAAGACAAGGUUUACACAAAGAGACAAAAAAUGAAAUGAAAUCGAAAUAAAUUAAAGAAAUCCGAAUUAAAUGAUAAUAAAUUAUGAAACAACAAAUAAACAAUAA